UACAUGUUUUAGUCACGUAUAGCACGUUACCACUUUAACGUUACAGCUCAGACUUUGUAGCGUAACGAAAUUUGGUAGCAUUGGAUUGCCGCCAUAACGCUAGCUAACGUUAUCUGAUGCUAUCUACCGUUAAAGGUGUCUCUUCAUUGUUAACCACUGUCUUACCAGGCUAACUUAGACUGCACACCUUCUAUUGGUCACUUUUACUUCUGGUAGCUGUUACUGGUACCAGGCUGCUUUUAGACAAAGAGGGGAUGGAUACUGAUUACCAUUUUGAAACACUGCAUGGCAACGGCGAUCAUGACAGCGGUGAUGUCACCUCCUGGGUUUCAGUGUGUCCCAGAGGCCUCUGGAAAGUCCAGCAAAAGCAAACACACGAAGGGAGUCAGCAGACUAACUCUGGAGAUGAUGCAUCAUGUUCAUCCAGUUACUGUCCAAGGUUGGGUUCACUGUGUCAAGUCCGAGUGCGGCUCAAAGCCAACAUGGAUGAAGCAGACAGUUUAGUAUCUGAAAAGGGAAAUGAGCAGCUGUCAGCCCAACUGGAACAGUCAGCCACUGAGGUUGCAGAAGCUACAGCCUUCCCGAGGUGUCUGGACUCUGUGCUGCAGGUCCCACUGGGUGACUGGAUAACACUGAGGCUAGGUGACGGGCAGUGCGAUAUCACAGAAAGGUGCGUGGAGGGGAUGACAACGGGAGAGAAAUGUGAGAUACUGAUUUCUCCAGCGGGACCAGAUGUGUCUGUUUCCCAUCCCACUGAGGAAAACCUGCCUUUAUGUGCCACAGUUGAACUCAAAGCUUUCACACCAGGCAAGGAAUCCUGGGAGGUGUGUCCUCGUGAUAAGUGGCAGUGGGUGAAGUCACACAAGGAGAGGGGUGGAGUGAGAUUCAGAGGCGGGGAUGUGUGGGGAGCAGCAGACAGCUACAGCCGCGCCCUCAAGCUUCUCAUCACUCUCCAUUACCACGUUAGAGAGGCAACACCAGAAGCGGAGGAGCAGACAGACACAGACACUGGUCACCUUCCUUCAACUAAUGAAUUCAGAACCAUCAAAGCAGAGCUCCACUCAAAUCUGUCCCUGUGCCAGCUCAAACUGAGCCAGCCAGAGCGAGCUAAGGCCAGUGCGACUAAAGCUACUGAGCUGGAACCAGGCGGGGCUAAAGCCUGGUACCGACUGGGCCAAGCAUGUCAGAUGUUGAAUGAGCUGGAGGAGGCCAGGCAGGCGUUUAGGAAACUGUUGGAGAUACAGCCAGAAUCACCUGCUGCUUUGAAGGCCCUUAAAGACGUAGCAAGUAGAGAGAAGGAGAGAAAUGCACAGUUGGGACUUAGACUCAGCAAAAUGUUCAGCUGAGGAUGAAUUAUGGUAGUGUAUUAUCGAAUGUUACAUGUGAAACGGUAUGUUUCUUUCUCAACAUUCACCAUGAAAUGGAAGUGCACCUACAGCCACUGGGCUCAAGAGUAUAGCCAUUAGGGUAUGGUCACACAUGAGCCAAACUAACACUGGCGAAUAUUCACCUCCUGCUCACUUACCCUGUGUGCUGCUAUCCAAUGCUGCAGGAAUCUUAAUUUCCCUGAGGGAGUCUUCUCAAGGGAUUAAUAAAGUUCUAUCUAAUCUAAUCUCUAAUCUUCCAUUCAGUUCGAGGAUAAAACAUUUGCUUCUGGUGGUAUCGCAAAUUCACAUCUUCACAUCGCGUGGAACUUUGGUGAACUUUGGCCGGCAAAGUUGAAGCCUCAACCAACAGCAAAGAAGUAUGUGUGGAAGACACUGACUGUUGCCAAGACUGCCUGAUAUGUGACAUGAUGACAUGAAUACGAACUGCCCCAUGUAAGAGGUGCUACCUGGCUGGCAUAUGUUGGGAGACAGGCAUGGCAGGCAACCAGUAACAUCAUAUUUUACAAUAUUUAACAGCAAGCUAGCCUUCGGUGUUCGUCAGAUCAGGCAGCGCCCACAUUGAGCUAGAAUACAGCCUUGGUUAGCAAAUGUCACUGGCCUGCAUUUGUUCAUGUGUAACUGUACCCUUAAUCUGUGACUGCACGAUAUUAUCCCAGCUCUUGUGAGUGAGAUGCCUGAAUGUAACUUCAAAGUAAAAAUGAGAUGUGAAAAACUUA